CUUCAUGUCGAACGUGAAAGAAUUCGACAAUGAAAAGAAAUUGGGUGAAGGAGGAUUCGGCGUAGUUUUUCAAGAAGUUUGGCGUGGGAUUCCAGUGGCUGUCAAGCGAAUCAAAUUAGAUGACAUUGAGAGCAACGGACGAGAAGAAGACGCGUUAGAUAAGCUUGAUCAUCCCAAUGUCGUCAAGUUGUUUCACGUUGAAAGUGAUUCAGUAUUCAAAUAUUUCUAUCUCGAAUUGUGCAGCGCUUCACUGGACAAAUUAUUCCUGAAAGAUGAUGACCCGAAAAAAUACCGUGGCCCAGCAAUGCCACCGGCAAUUGAAGUCCUCCAACAAUUGGCCGGAGGACUCGAGUACAUUCACCAAAUGAAUUUUAUCCAUCGGGAUAUAAAACCAGGAAACGUGCUCAUCUGGGUUGAUCCAGCAACCCAAAACGUUUUGAUGAAAUGGGGAGAUUUCGGGUUCAGCAAACGGGUCAACGAAAGAGGAAGUCACUCCAUCAGUGGAUCAACCAGAGGCACCGAUAAUUGGUAUGCCCCUGAAAUAUUGUUAAUCAAAAUUCAAGAAGAAGAAAGUGGAAAAGAUGAAUCAGCAGCACAUCAAAGAGGAACAGUCAAGAGCGACGUAUUUGCUCAAGGCUUAGUCUUCGGCUACUACCUUUUGAAUGGUCAACAUAUUUUCGGUUCAAGAGUUCUAGCAUCCGCUAAUAUACUUUCGAAUAAUCCCGUUCAUCUGGACAAAAUUCAGCCGUUAUACGUUCGCGACCUCAUCCAAAAAAUGUUGGAACCCGGCCGCGAAGUUCGAAUUUCAUCGUCAGACGUUUUUCAACUUCUUCAACGUCAUCAGCAGCUCGAGAUGAAAAAAGACAAGUCUUGAAAUGUUUUUAGAAAGAUACUUGCCAAGGCAACGAUUGACUUUUUUUGCUAAAUGGCAUCUAUUCUGAUUAUUCCAUUUUAUUAUUUUUUUCCUUUGUAAUGAGUUUUCAGUUGGAUACCCUAAUAAACUUUGCUGAGUACCGUUUGA